GAGACCGCGACGUUGAUGACGGCGCUCCCCGACUUCCUCGAGACCCACAAAUGGCAGAACCCCGUCGAUGCGCAGCCCACCCUGUUCGGAUUCGCCCACCAAACCGACCAGACCAUGUUCGAGUGGCUGGAGUCGCAGCCCGAGCAGCGCGCCAUCUUCGCCGCCUUCCAAUCCAGCACCGCCGCCCUCGCCGUGUGCCAGCUGCAGCCCUUCCUCCGCAGUCUGCUCACUGCGCCCCCGGAGGAUCCUUCGAAUGAUAAAACCAGAGAAGUCACGCUCGUCGACGUCGGAGGCGGCCGAGGUGCCGUGCUCCGCCAAGUCAGCGACGAGCUGGAUCCCCCGCCGCGCGGUCGCAUCGUGCUGCAGGACCUGCCCCAGGUCUUGGAGGGGGUGGACGGGGGCCACCGCGUCGAGGUGAUGCCCUACAGCUUUCUCCAGCCCCAGCCCGUUCACGGAGCCCGAACCUACCUCUUCCGUCACAUCUUCCACAAUUGGAGCGACGGGGUGGUCGCGACCAUUCUGCAGAACACCGUGGCAGCGAUGGCUCCGUCCUCGCGGCUGGUCAUUGUCGACCUGGUGCUCCCGGACGGAGGAGGCGCGUCCCCCUACGCGGCGUUUUUGGAUAUGAGCAUGAUGGCAUUUGGAGGCAUGGAGCGCACCGAGGCGCAGUGGCGGAGGAUAUUGGGGCGAGCCGGGCUGCAGGUGCGCCGCAUUGAGCCGUUGGAUGCGCUGACCCCGGGGUCGGACCAGGUCAUUGAGGCGGUGCUAGCUUGAUGAAUG